AUGCAUCCCCAAUCCCCCCUCGUUCCCUUCAUCACCAUCUCCGCUUCAGAAGCCAACGCCGACGAGGCCGACAAUCAGCAGCGCUGUCUUCUAUCACCUAGCAGAGCUGAUAGCCUCCGGCAGCGGAACGUCGUCCAACGCAAAAUGUCGCUGGUCGGCAAACCGCUCGCCUAUAAAAACUACAGGACCGAUCAACGGUUCCGCCGGGUCCAAAACAAGAUGCACAACUUCCUGGAGCGGCCCCGCGGAUGGAAGGCCGCAUCAUACCAUUUGGCAGUGCUGGUGAUGGUGCUCAUGUGCUUAGCCCUGUCUGUUUUCUCGACAAUGCCGGAUUUUGAGAAGAACGCGACAUUGAUUUUGUAUUACAUUGAAAUAGUAUUUGUCAUAUGGCUAGCCAUCGAAUACGUAUGUCGGGUCUGGUCGGCGGGUUGUCGUUCAAGAUACCGCGGAAUUGUUGGCCGAAUUCGGUUUGCCACCUCCGCAUAUUGUAUAAUAGAUAUAAUCGUGAUUGUAGCUUCGAUUAUUGUUUUGGUCAUUGGCGCAACGGGUCAAGUAUUUGCUGCCUCGGCUAUACGGGGUCUACGGUUUUUUCAAAUUUUGCGUAUGCUACGGAUCGACCGCCGAGCAGGGACGUGGAAAUUGUUAGGCAGCGUUGUUUGGGCGCAUCGACAGGAAUUACUUACAACCUUAUACAUCGGUUUCUUGGGCCUUAUUUUUUCAUCGUUCCUUGUGUAUCUAUGCGAGAAAAACACCAACGAUAAGUAUAGUACUUUUGCGGAUGCGCUGUGGUGGGGAGUGAUCACACUAUCUACAGUCGGCUACGGCGACAAGACACCAGAGACCUGGCCGGGCAAGAUAAUUGGAGCAUUCUGUGCCCUGCUCGGCAUCUCAUUCUUUGCACUUCCUGCCGGCAUCCUCGGCUCCGGCUUUGCCCUCAAGGUCCAGCAGCAUCAACGCCAGAAGCAUCUAAUCAGACGACGUGUACCUGCCGCUCGACUAAUCCAAUGCCUUUGGCGACACUAUUCGGCAGCGCCGGAAAGUUGUUCUGUCGCAACGUGGAAAGUUCAUCUAGCUCCUGCUGCAUCUCCGCCAAUACAAACACCGGUACGCACCGGAAGCAAGCGACGCGCCCUAUCCCUACGAUGGAAGCGCUCCGGCUCGGCAAAACAUUCAAGCAACCAACCGCCAUCACCAUCACCGCUUAUCGGCAACAACGGCAGAAAAGAAUUCUUCGAUGAUGAUGAGAAACCGGCAAGUAUCAAGACACCGCAAGGGAACGGCGGGCCAAACUCGUUGAUUAGUCGGAUUCGACAGUCCACAAAACGAAAAACAAAUUCAAAUAGCCAGACGCUAAAUUCGCCCGCAAACAACACUGGGAGCAUGCCGGCGAUGAAAAAUUUGUUGGUACCAAAGCCGAGUGAUAAUAUUAGUAUCGUCUCCACCUCGGAUAUCAGCGAGCUGGAGUCGCUCGGCACGCUCGGUUUUUCCCUGGGCAAUUGGCGGAGUAAAAGCAAGCGGGAUUCGCGGAAGACGGUCGAUGACAGUUCUCUGCAUCCACGUGUAGCUACUUCGGCUUCACUUGGGAAUAUGGAUUUGGAUGAAGAAUCGCCAUCUCUACAACCCAAGAACCUUGAAGAAUAUACGCCAGUGCUGAAGACGGCGAUUCGGGCGAUUAGGAGAAUACAACUACUCGUCGCCCGUAGAAAGUUCAAAGAGGCUUUGAAACCUUACGACGUGAAGGAUGUGAUUGAGCAGUAUUCUGCUGGUCAUGUCGAUUUGCAGUCCAGGGUUAAGAUUGUCCAGCAGAGGUUAGACCUGAUUGUCGGGAAGCCAUGCGAAAAGACUGAAGUAAAGAUUCCGUUGAGUCAUCGGGUGAUCCAUGUGGAAAGACAGGUCGAACAAAUUGAUAAGAAGCUUGACAUGCUGUUGGAGCUUUUCUUGGAAGAUAGAAGCAUGAGGACCGGCGGGACGAGCUUCGGAAGGAAUAGUCCUCCUCAUUCCGCUCAUGCAAGGCUUGACGAUCGAAAUAUUGAUAUUAAGUCAAACCUAAAAAACCGAAAUUAUUCGGUUGACGAAGCUGCUGCAAAGAUAGCCAGAGCUCGGGUACCGGAGUUGCCUUUGAGGCCGUUACAAAGGCCAGCUCCAAGUCAAGAUACGCUAGAGAUGUAUACUGCCAGGUCGCGUUCCCCCGGUGCUUCUGAACAUUCUCCAUUGUUGCGGGGUGAUGUUGCAAUUGACGUCGAUGACGACGACGAAUCGGAUUAUGACGAUCGGCCUUUGGGC